AGUGGUCAGAUGAGCAGUGCGCUUCGCAGGUCAUGCAGACAGGCCAGCAGCACCCCCAGACUCACCGACAGCUGAAGGAGACGCUCUAUGAGAUCAUCAUAGGCUACUUUGACAAAGGAAAGAUGUGGGAAGAGGCUAUCAGUCUGUGCAAGGAACUGGCGGAACAGUACGAGAUGGAGAUCUUCGAUUAUGAGCUCCUGAGCCAGAACCUGAUCCAGCAAGCGAAAUUCUAUGAAAACAUCAUGAAAAUCCUCAGGCCCAAGCCAGACUACUUUGCCGUUGGAUACUACGGCCAGGGAUUUCCCUCCUUUCUGCGGAACAAAGUAUUCAUCUACCGAGGGAAGGAGUAUGAGCGGAGAGAAGAUUUCCAGAUGCAGCUGAUGAGCCAGUUCCCCAAUGCAGAGAAGAUGAAUACAACCUCUGCCCCUGGAGACGAUGUGAAGAAUGCCCCAGGCCAGUACAUCCAGUGUUUCACUGUCCAGCCGGUCUUGGAUGAACACCCAAGGUUCAAGAAUAAGCCAGUGCCUGACCAGAUAAUAAACUUUUAUAAAUCCAACUAUGUGCAGAAGUUCCACUAUUCGCGGCCUGUGCGCAAAGGGACCGUCGACCCUGAGAAUGAGUUUGCCUCGAUGUGGAUCGAGAGAACCUCCUUCAUAACUGCAUACAAGCUUCCAGGGAUCCUGCGCUGGUUUGAGGUGGUUCACAUGUCCCAGACCACAAUUAGCCCUCUGGAGAAUGCCAUCGAAACUAUGUCCACAGCCAAUGAGAAGAUCCUGAUGAUGAUCAACCAGUACCAGAGUGACGAGAGCCUCCCCAUUAACCCACUCUCCAUGCUCCUGAACGGGAUCGUGGACCCUGCUGUCAUGGGAGGGUUCGCCAAAUACGAGAAGGCCUUUUUCACAGAGGAGUACACAAGGGAUCACCCGGAUGACCAGGAAAAACUGAGCCGCCUCAAGGACCUGAUUGCGUGGCAGAUCCCCUUCCUGGGAGCUGGGAUUAAAAUCCAUGAGAAAAGGGUGUCAGAGAAUCUGCGACCCUUCCACGACCGGAUGGAAGAAUGUUUCAAGAACCUGAAAGUGAAGGUGGAGAAGGAGUAUGGUGUCAGAGAAAUGCCCGACUUCGAGGACAGGCGCGUGGGCCGCCCACGGUCAAUGCUGCGCUCCUACAGGCAGAUGUCUAUCAUCUCCAUGGCUUCCAUGAACUCUGACUGCAGCACCCCCAGCAAGACCACCUCUGAGAGCUUUGAUCUGGAAUUAGCAACCCCUAAGACUCCAAAAGCAGAGCCAGUGGAGAUGAUCUCCAUGGGGAGCACUCUGCCGGAAGUCAAGCUGCGGAGGUCCAAGAAGAGGGCCAAGAGGAGCAGUGUAGUGUUUGCGGACGAGAAGGCAGCAGCCGAGUCGGACCUGAAGCGGCUUUCCAGGAAGCACGAGUUCAUGAGUGACACCAACCUCUCGGAGCAUGCAGCCAUCCCCCCCAGGGCAUCCAUCCUCUCUCAGAUGAGUUUUGCCAGUCAGUCCAUGCCCACCAUCCCAGCCCUCACGCUCUCAGUGGCAGGCAUGCCUACGACGGAUGAUGCCAACUCGUCCCCCCGCCUCAGCCAGACCUUCUUCCCUCUCUCGGACGACAAGAAGACACUCAAACGGAAGAAAGUAAAUCAGUUCUUCAAGACGAUGCUGGCCAGCAAAUCCCCUGAAGAAGGCAAGCAGAUCCCUGACUUCCUGUCGUCGGACCUGUGAGCAGCUGCUGACCGGGGCCGCACAAGGGGAGCCAGAGAGAGGACUUUCUGGAAGAAGAGAGACACGGUGGGACAUUGAGGUCUCAAACAGUGGGGAGACCUCCUGCCAGUUGCCCUCCCUCAGAGGGAACAAGGGCUGAUCUGGCCACCCCCGUGAUGUGGGUGGCGGGUGAGAACGCCCCCCGCCUGGAUUUGGAGCCAGCAAAGAUGCUCUCUCCCGCCACGCUCUCCCCAACAUCCUAGGCGCAUCUUUUUAUUACCCGGUUUCUUAAGUAUAAGGAGCUGUAUUUUUAUUUCAUUUUUUCAAGUCCUAGCACUUAACAGAAAAGCCUUUUAAAUAUUCUUUUAUUUUAUUUUUGGUUAAUAGUUUUGUACUUUACAUUUUUUAAUACAACCAGCCAGUCAUUUUCCUAGCUGAUCUGCUCCAAAGUGUUGCUGUUUUCUUACCGACAAUAAAAAUGGGUGCAUGGCUCCAGUCA